AUGAGCGAGCAGGAGAGGGAGACAGAGGAGGAGGAGGAGGGUGGGAGCAUGGCAGAUACGGCCCCCAUGCUGCCGCAGAGGCUUCACGGCCGCCAGAGCAGCGCUGCCCGGGCCCUGGCCGGACUGUGCCACCUGCUGCUGUCCGCCCAGGCCCUGGCUGGGCUGCUCCUCCACCUGCUGCUGCCGGCCACCGUCUUUCUGCUGGUGUUGCUGCCCGCGGCCACCACCGUCUAUGUGGGAUUCCUGUGCCACUCCAGGGUCCACCCUGCGCCCCGGCCUGCCUGCCGGGCGCUGCUGUCAGACCGCGCGGCCGCGGCGCUCAUCGUGUCCGGUUUCCUGGCGCUGCCCCCGCUGCUCGUCCUCGCAGCUGCUGCCCGCUCCCGCCUGUCUCGGCGCCUGCGCUCGCUGCUGCCGCCGCCCACAUGGACCCUCGGACACUGCCGCUCCCUCGGUUCCGGCGACCCUGCAGAGGAGGAGCAGCUCUGCGCCUGGGCAUGAGCCAGAGGCCCGCCACAAACCCGAGGGCUCCA